AGCUGAGCGGUCGAUAGCGGUCGCAGUGAUCGACGGAAAGAAGUCGCGCGUUUCGACCGGGGAAAGAUGAAAUAGACACCCCUAUAAUUUUGUGCUUGGAAAUUUUGUGGGACUACGCUUCCCGGUUUUUUGAUCCAAAAUAUUGUGGAAGCCGACAUUAGCAUGGAGAACAUAAAAAUUAUGUCGACAGGCACAAUGGAUUCCAUUCAGAAGACCAUGGAGUGGAACGGCAACGACCCGGCGACACCAAACUUCAACGAGACCAACCAGGAAAGUCUGGAGUCCAUCGCCGAUUUCUAUGAUGGAGCCGUAGUCAUGGUAACGGGCGGCACAGGCUUCGUGGGCAAGGCUCUGUUGGAGAAACUCCUGCGCAGUUGUCCUGGCAUCGACACCAUCUAUGUCCUGAUGAGGCCUAAGCGCGGGCUCACAGUCGAACAGAGGUAUAAGGAAUUGCUGAAGAACCAGGUCUUCGACCGCAUCCGCGCGCGGUGGCCGGAACGCUUAAGCAAGCUGAUCCCCAUCGCCGGUGACGUCUCCGCCCCGAACCUAGGAGUAAGUGGAGAUGACAUGCAGUUGAUGGAGCGAGUGAGCAUGCUGCUCCACUCGGCAGCCACGGUGCGGUUCACGGAGCCGCUGCACGUGGCAGCGGCGUUGAAUGUGCAGGGGACUGCGCAUAUGCUCGCGCUCGCCAGUACCAUGCCCAGGUUGAAGGCCCUGGUCCACGUGUCAACAGCCUACAGCAACGCCCCGAAGAGCCACAUCGAGGAGCGCGUCUACCCACCCCCUUACGACCCUGAUAGCAUCCUCAGGUGCGCCAAGAUGCUGCCUCCUGAGACCAUGGAAGUCAUUUCUGCUUCUCUUCAGGGUGAUCACCCAAAUCCCUACACCCUGACCAAGGCAUUAGCUGAAGCGAUUGUCUACAACCACUCAGCUGAUCUGCCUGUCUGCAUCGUAAGGCCUUCCAUAGUGACUGCUGCCCACCAAGAACCAUUCCCUGGAUGGAUUGACAACAUAUAUGGAGUGACAGGUCUUCUGAUGGAGAUGUCUCGCGGCACAUACCGUUCGGGCUACUGCAAGCAGGAGAUGGUAAUCGACAUUGUGCCAGUAGACAUGGUGGUGAACAGCUGUAUCCUCGCCGCGUGGAGGCAGGCUACUAAAAAGCCAGGCAGGUGUCCAGUAUACAACGUGACCUCAGGGUCUGUGAACCCGUUGCAGUGGGGAAACUUCUCCAGGCUGUGCAUGAAGUGGUCCAGAGAGAACCCCACCAAGUACGUGAUGUGGUACCCAAACUUCACGUUUACGGAGUCUCGCUUCAUGAAUACUUUCUGGGAGGUCUCACUUCACUUCCUGCCGGCGUUCCUUUAUGAUAUGCUGCUUAGAGCUCAAGGGAGGAAGGCUAUAAUGAUGAAACUCGCCCGGCGAUUCAAAAUGGCCGCCGCAACAGGGGAAUACUUCGCGAACCACGAGUGGCAAUUUGGCAUAACAGAACUGACUGCGCUCCACAACGACGCGAGCAAUACUCUUGACGGCUCCUCCUUCCCGCACUGGCCGUCCAUAUAUGACUGGAAUCAAUACAUGGGGUCUUAUAUGAUGGGAAUACGAAAAUUUAUUUUGAAAGAUACCGCUGAGUCCCUGCCCGCUGCUAGGACUAAGUUGCGAAGGUUGUAUUGGGUCCACAAACUGCUUCAAGCUGCCACCGGUUAUUACAUCUUUAAGUUCGUCGCGGGCCGUCUACGAUAAGGAUAAUAUUAUCAAUUAAAAUUAAAAUAUAUUAUAUUAUAUAGGGGGUUAAAAAGGCUACAUUGGCGCAUCAUCACUAAUUUAAGAGCCACGCUCUUGUCGGUGAAGCUUCUAUCUUUCCCAAGCGUGUCGUAAAAUCCGACAGAGGUAUUGUGUCUUCUAACAUGAUGGACUAAUGUUAUGGGCGUUAGGCUGAUCCCUUAUCACCAAAAGGUUCAUCAUAUCCAGCUUAUAUUGUAUCAACAGUGGCUGCAAGUUGUCUUUGAUUACUUGUGGCUCUGCCCACCUCAUUAGGGAUUACGGGCGUGAGUUUAUGUAUGUAUGCUCUUGUCGAUGUUGCAUUCUUCAUGCUACUUUUCUAAGGAAAAAAUUGCAGUGGUUUCUCUUGCCUUCCGCCCCGCACUACUCUGUCCGAAGUCAGUGAGAAGCGCCCUGAGUAGUCUAUUUCAAAGCCGUACUAGGACUCCUGUCCUCCGCCUCUGAAUAGUACUGACAGUUACUGCUGCCCUCUGUCAGGUUCCAGGUUACAGUCCCUGUGACUUGCCACGUCCUGCAUUGCCGUACCGAUGGCUCCCAUAUUCGCCUCUGCUAACAUUGAGGUACGAUAAGCUGCAAAAUUCCAAUCAGUUUCUUGCAAAAUAAUAAAAUAACUGGUUGCACUUAAGACCUCCUCCUCCGUCGUUUCUGUAAUAGACCUACAUAAACUGCCUAUACCACUGCUGGGCACAGGCCUCCCCUCAAUCAACCGGAGGGGGUAUGGAGCAUACUCCACCACGCUGCUCCACUGCGGGUUGGUGGAGGUG